CGGGGUAUGCCUGCAACCCCGGCUAUCGUGACCGACAAGUUCAUACUCAGGUGUACGAUGAAACCAAAACUCGAUGGCGAUAAUCCAUGCCUAUCCUCAAAAUCAAGUCAACUAUAUCUUCCAAGACGCUGAGCGACUUCAACUCAAACCGCAUCCAUCGAACGCAGAAUGCAUCUAAGUUAUCCAACCCACGAUGGCCAGCCAAUACCUAACUUUCCUCACCCGAGAACUAGAGGUCAUACUGGGAUGAUUGUUGGCUCACUGCUCUCUGUUUUGGUCACGAUAACUUUAGCCAUCCGUUUGUAUGCACGAAAAUGGCUGACGCGGGGGUUCGGGCUCGACGACAUAUUCAUAUUACUCGCAUACUUCCCUGCCACCGCAUUCACGAUCGUUGGUAUCAUUGGGGAAAGCUACUUUCAGUGGAACCGCCGCAACUUGGACGUGGAAGACAAGGUCUUCGUCCAAGGGCACCAAUUGGUAUUUGCCAACCAGAUGCUGUUUGAUAUAGCAACUAGUUUGACUAAGUUAUCAAUACUCACACUUGUAUAUCGAUUCACGACAGCUUCACGAGACCGGAAGAUGACCAAUGCUGUGAUGAUAUCGAUAGCAUUUAUCUGCGUCAUCUAUGUUAUAUUCAUCAUAGUUAGCGUAACCCAAUGCAGACCUCUAUCAGAUUAUUGGAAAGGUCCACACAAAUCUCAGAACUGUAUCAACCAAGGAGCCCAUCUGAUGGCGGUCAGUAUAAUCAAUACUGCUACUGACUGGCUUGUUGUACUACUACCCAUAAAGACAGCGCUCAGUUUGAAUCUGGCUCCCAGGCAUGUGAAGGUCAUUAUUUUUCUCUUUGGUAUCGGCAUCACCGCCAGUAUUGCAGGGGCCGUGAGAAGCUACUAUUCUUGGAAGCUGACUGUUGCUGAUGAUUACAUGUGGGUUUAUUGGGAGGUUUGGUUUAGUAGCACCAUUGAACUUAACCUUGGUAUAAUAUGCGCUUCUGUUCCGGCAACGAAGCCGUUCUUUUCCAGCUUCCUCCCAAAUACUUUCGAGUCUAUCUUCAGACGACGGGAUUCGAUGGAUUCCCCUUGGGAUAGAAAACCAUUGACAAUUUCACCGGCUUUCACAACCUUUAUUGACCACUCAUCAUCGACUUCCCUACCACGGCAUCCGACAAGGCCUUCUCCCACACAUUAUCCGGCCAAUCUUAAUAAACCGUUGCCCCCUAUUAUAGAUACAGUCAACAGCCACGUCGGUCUUGAGAUGCGAAUAAUUUCCCCUGGCCACUUUAACCCCCACCCCCGUUCACCAAAGAUACCGGGGCAGCAGCUUAGCAUGGGUCUUAGUAACAAGCAAAGAGAUCUAGUUCUACACAGUCCGCAGACACAAGACCGAACGACGAUCAUUAUCAUGUAUCGAGGUGACGAAGCUCCGAGGCCAACGUAUCAGAUACCAACUGGAGCCCGGCUAGCAUAACCUCACGAAAGCAGCACAUUUCUAUACGCAUUUCAACUCGCCCUGGUCGGUGUAAUACCUCGUUAAUGUAGUGCAUAGCGGUGUCCUGGUAGGCAUUGUUUUA